AUGGCUUCACUUGAAGUUGCAGCUGACGUGCUUCAGGUCUCUGGAAAGAGCGCGAUUGAGAGGCAACCACCCGAAAUUCUCAGGAUUAUCUUUGACUUCUGCUUCGGACCAUACGAUCUACUCGAGCCGUCGAUGACUCAGGGCCCCAACUCGCCGUGGUCUCGCACUCUGCGUGACCAGAAGUCGAUCGUGCGAGUAUGCAAGGCAUGGUGGUCCGUCGGUGUUGAAUCUCUCUACAAGCACGUUGCGCUUCGCCGCGUUGGCCAGAUCCCUGCGCUCCUCCGCACUCUGGAUGGGGACUCGCAGGCGCAGCUGUCCCAUCUUAUUUCCAGCAUUGCAGUGGUCUGCGCUGUACCGGAUAUAUGUCAACUUGCGUUCUCAUCGUCCUUGGACUGUCUACUGGAUAAGUGCCCCCGACUCUCGAAGCUGACUUACGCCCCCAUCUUCGACGGGUAUCCAGGAUCUCAGCCGUCACACGACAUGGCCCCUCACUUCCGGUCCGUCACUCAUCUCGCAUUUGGAGAUGACGUGCCUAUGUGCCAGAGCCUUUUUGACCUCUUAAAAGCGACCACUCAGCUCAAGUCAUUAUCCCUAGUUGUGGGCGAUCUGGUUACUCAUGAGUGGCGAAUCCCGCAAGACAUGGUUCACCUCGUCCACCUCGAGCAUCUGUCGCUCCGGGUGCUCCGUGAAGGCUCUCAGGAUAUCCAACAGGUCAGAGACGGUCUGAACUUGCCCAAUCUACGCAGCCUUGAGUGCUCGUAUGUACACCGGCGGCUCUGGAAAGACGUGCUCCCUCUGAUUGCCAGCAAAGGCGCCACACUGCGCAUGCUAUCGCUCAAAUGCGUUAUACCAUACUGUGAUCAGUCCUACGCGCCAUACGACAUCCAGCCUCUCAUAGAACAAUGCCCUCUUCUAGAGCACUUGAUCUUCAUGGCAGACCUCACUUUUCCACUGUGUCAUCCCACCCUGCGUUGGGUAGACAUCCUAGCGUGGAGUCCCAACACUACCUCCUGGCCUUCCCGAGGGCAUUGGCGUGGCUGGUCUGUCGAUGACGACAACUUCGCCGCAGAGCCGCCGACGUCUUGGCGGAGACUCCUCGAAGGGUUCACCCGCGAGGCGUUCCCCGUCCUCGAGCGCGUGAGACUUAUCGACCCUGAGUUGGCAGCCAUGCCCUACCUAGCAGUCGCACUGCCCCCGCCUACUAGCGAAUACCAAUGCCUGAAGAUUCACGUCCCCGGGGCGACGAUCCUAGAGACCUUCGAUAUGAUCAGGAGAGAAGAUAACUGGCCGGACGAAGACGGUGGGAGGGGCGUCGAAUCCAUGGUCGACGCGACUACUCAGCUGACGCUGGAAGAAUCGGAUGGGGAUGAUUCGUACAUUACCAUGAGCACCUCGUCGUCGACGGACUCGUCCUUCGAUAGUGAUGAUGGGAUUUUCGAGAGUGAGGCUACCGGGAGCGCAGGACGUCUGGAUGUGGCCGAGUUAUUGGAGAUUUUUGAGCAGACACAGGAGAAAGGGCUCCACGUUGAAGAUAUUUCGGGCCCAUCGUCAGACUCGGUUGAUAGCCUGACUGCCUAGGACCG